AAUGUAAUGGAAGAGUGGACUCUUUGAAAAGGAUGAUUUCGUUCUUUGUUUUAUUGGUUUGGUUAUCAGGUUAUGUAUUGAUAGGCUUUUUGUCACUAAGUGUGGCAUGUGGUUUAUAUUACUUAGCAGAACUUACUGAAGAAUAUACGACAACCGCUAAAAAGGUGUUGAGGUUCUUCAUACAGUUCAACCUUGUCAUUCACGGACUAUUGUGGGUUUGGGAACGUUUUCCCUUUCUUUAUGUUGCUUUAGGAGUUGUAGCGCACUUGUGUUAUUUCGAACUUUUAAGGGGUUUUCCGUUUAUUGAGCUCCGGUCCCCUAUUUUUCUGUCUUGUGUGGUUACUUUUAUUCUGAACAAUGUUGGUUGGAUGCGCUUUUUCUUAAAUCAUCCGCAGUUGUUGGAGGCUUAUGAGCUAAGCCCUGUUUUGCCUCUUUUCUCGUUCUUCGCGGUGGAAGUAUGGUUGGUUCCUUUAGGUUUCGUAACUUCUCUUUCUGUAAACGACAGUGUGCUUCCUGGUAGUGGCGCGGAUGUUCCUCGUGGUGUUGGCGGUUCGCGUUUUGGAAAGCUUUCAGGAGGAGAGUGGUUGACUGCUUCAGGUCUUACUGGUAAAGCUGACGACACUUUGGAUGGGAUAUCUACAGUACGUCCAAAGCGAAAAAGUUUGAUAAAGGCGUUGACUGGCGUGGCAACAGAUGUGGCUAAGAAAUUUUCUUGGAACAGUUUUAAUAAUAACAAUAGGAAACGUCUAGUUUAACUAUCGUUUGAUUGGUAUUGUUUUCUAGUUGGCUAAUAAAUAGUGUAUCAUAAUU